AUGACUCCGGAGCAAGGUACUAGGGAGUCGGUCGGGGGUAGCUCUCGCGACGAAGAGCGAGGCACCAGAAACCCGCGGCGAACGGCCAGCUCCGGCGGAUUUCUUGUCGAUUCGUUCAUACCACGAUCAAAGAGCCUCCGAACCAGCGGCCAGCACCAUAAUCUCUCAGAAACCGAUCACCGGCGCAAGCGCGGAACACCGGAAGCCGAAUCUGCUCCCAAGAAACGAUCUCGGUUCCGUUGGAGUCGCCAUCGAGAGUCUACGAAAGAGUCGGAUGAUGUCGGCCAAAAUGCGGUAGAGAAUAAGGAGGAGGACACUGGCUCUUGCCAUUUUGCUGAAGAUGCCACGGUCCCAGAAUCUCAGAGCCGGAUUGUUUCCAACCAUACGGCGGGCAACAUGGAGAGUCAUGAUGACCAAGGUGCUUUAGGCUUGGAUAAAGACUCUCUACAAAUUGUCAACCUCGCUUUAAACUUAAGUGAGUCGAGGAGAAAGGGAAAUGUUGGCUAUAAUGCUUCAAGUCAGGUACCCGGGGGUACAUGGGCGCCAUCAGGCGACGGUCGUUCUUCUGCUGCAGGGAGCAUUCCGAGCCACGGCUCAUACGCCAGUCACAGCGCAAGCAAAUCUCUAGGCGAUGAUCGAGUGAAGCUCACCAGAUCUCAAGCAUCCACGGCAACGAACGAUGUGAUGAAAUCACUUCCCGGAUCCGCAACAUCCUCCUCCGCGCCGCAAGGGUUCUCGGCGGGGACAUUGGCGCGAGCUGCAAAUACUCGGCGGUAUUUUGAGCUGCGCCAUGAGUAUUUACGCCUACUUCCUUCUCUCCCGCCUCUCAGCCUACACGAAGAUCAUUCUACAGCCGACCCCUCACAGAGUGCGCAAAAACCAUCACAUCGUGUUUAUAAUCCACUCCAGGCAAUCCGCAAUCGUAAGGUCAGGUUUCGUGAGCGUUGUCCCAUUGAUCCUGAGGCAGACGGAUGGAACGACAUCGACAAAGUUCACAGUUGGGUUAAUUCAGUUGAGGCUCAAUACAGUCACCAGACGCGGACUCACCUUGAGUGUCUCAAACUUCCACCUUUCCAGGGGGGCCAUGUUGACGCACCUUCGAAUCAAGAUGUGGACGGUGUCGAUGAUUUUGCCGCCUCGCCACCAUCCAGUCUCCGGCGCAUAAGCCGUACAGGCAGCCUUAAGACUCGUAGGCCCAGAUCUGACUGGAUAAUAUUCCCCGAUGAACUUUUUGCCGAUGCAGCCUGGGUCGAAGAUGCGCCAAACAAGAGCAAAUUGACGGAUAAGGAUGGGAACACACUCUACCCAGAUCCAUCUUCUUUGAUUGUGAAUGACUUCAAUCAAGAGCAGGCGCAGGGGAAAAGCUCAGCUAGUACCGGACGACCCUCGUCCCAUACUUCUCACUCCGAUGCACGCCAACGGUUGUCGGUUGACAUGAAAGAUGCUGGUCGUGGAAGGCAACCACGCAGGUUCAGGGUUUCGCAGCGCAUAGGCCGAAGCAGCAGUCCAUCUGGGGAGGACCUAGGCUCCAAAAAGCGCAAACUCAGAAUUCGGCCGCGGAGCUCCUCAGGCUCUAGCGUAGACGUGAAGCCAUACCGUAAUUCAUUCCUGAACCAUGCAAGAUCUCCUGGAAGAUCUGUAUCGCCUUUGGGACGACAAGGGCAGACGUGGAAUGAGAAAAGGGGCUCGUUGUCGUCCGGUCCAAGCGCAGACGAUCGCUAUGAUCCUCUAUCAUUGGCGAAAAUAGAAGGCCACAUGUCUAAUGCAGACAUGGAUGUUGGGUAUUUCCCUGGCAUUGCAUCUAAUUUAUCUCCUCCAUCAAGUCGUUCCCCCUCUCCCGCCAAGCGAGGCUUCUCGCGAGCAGUUGGGUCUCGAAGAGGCCAGGGCCGAAAUAGCCCCAACAGUAAAGGUGCUGAUGACGACAGCUCUGUUGACUUUGAUGGCGUACGCCAGGACAGCAUGCCGUUUACGGAGCCUUCCGCUCAGAUUGAUGUCGAACCCCCGCCUCUUCCCACCAAGGCCUCGACAUACCAUGUAGAUGGCCGGAGGCCCAACCAUCAUGAACGGAAAGACUCUGCUCCACAUGAAUCCAAGUUGCGUGGGAUAUUCAAAGGGCCCGGGAAGAUUGCGGGCAAAGUCGGCAAUGAGGUUUCAAAAAUGGGAGAUUUCAUCCUGAAAAAGGAUGGCGGAGGGCAUUCACGCCAGUCCUCCUUUGUGAUGUCCGACGACAGCGAGUCUUCUUCUUCUUCUGAUGAUGAUGAUGAUGAAGUGAAGGGUGAGAAACACGGCAUUCCUAGGGCUAUAUUACGCCGCCUGCCCGCGUUUUCUGACGAUCUUGGUCGGUCAACACCAAGAAACUCGGAUAAAUCUCUCGCAAAGAAUCAUUCGCAAAACCCGCCGACGAUUGUCGAACCCCGGCAACUUUACGAAGAUAAUGAGGCUGGCCCAACUAGUCUCCCCAGCUCUCAAGGCCGACUUUGGGACCUUCAACGGGAUGCAGGCAAUUCAGUGGGCAAACAUUCAGGGAGACGCGGUCAUCGCUUCAUGCAGUUUGGGCCGGAAAUUCACACUAUACGUGAAGAGAUUAAAAAGGGUCGAAUCAAGGACAACUCUGUUCCAUACAGCCUUGUUCGUCCUCCCAUCACCGGUCUAGCACAGGCCCAGCCGACCCCAACCUCGUCUCCGCAUGAAUUACGGCCGACACUUCCUGGUCAGUCAAGGAGCUGGAGCAUAUCCGAUCGCAGUGUCUCGGUCUCGAUCGAAUCCGGCGUACCCGGGAAACAAGAGGUUGAACGUACUCGAGCUCUUCUCCUUUCGUCGGGUAUAAAAGCUCGAGAGAUUGUUCGCCGAGCCGAUAAUGCGCGCAGCCCUCCACCUGAGUUUCUUCAACGCUCAUUCAGCUCGGACACGUCGAUACCCACUGUUCCGCGAAUCCAUGAGCAUCAAUUAGCAAGCCAAAGACUUCUCAAACGGAUUGAAACGUCCCACAAAUCCUUUGAGGGCUCAAUCGAGCGCCUGCCAAAGGACGCGUUCUCACCCUUGAAGUCUCAACUUUCCACUCUCGAGGACUUGGUUAACAAGUCGCUCAACAAUCGUGUUCGUGCCGCGACCGAGGAAGCUGAAAACCUCAGUUUGCAUCUCAACACUACCAGCACGCUUGCUGUGAAACAGUUGAGUGACACACUCGAACACGGUCUCCGCAAGCGGCACCGUCGACUACGCUGGCUGCGACGCACGGGGUUCGUGAUGCUUGAAUGGGCUUUGAUCGGGCUAUUGUGGUGGGUGUGGUUGAUUGUCGUGGCGUUUAAACUUUUCCGGAAGCUCCUUUACGGCAUGGCUUCAGGGGUGAGAUGGGUAUUAUGGCUGUGA